AUGAAAAAUAUGAAAAGAAAUUUCGUUGUAUCCGCUGCAAAAAAAUGUAAUAAUAAUGGCCAUUCUUUACUUUUUCCAUCACAUCUGAGCUAUCGACGUGAUUAUCAUCUCCAUCGAACGUUUGCAUCAAUGGUGGGUCAAAAUAAAGAGAAUAACGUUGAUUUAAAGAAAGGUAUUUCACCACCACCAAAAACAGGCAUAGUCUUUAUGAACCUCGGAGGUCCAGCCACACUUGACCAAGUACACGACUUUCUACUUCGAUUAUUCUCGGAUCGUGAUUUGAUACCGCUACCCUUUCAAAAGUAUUCAGCGCCCUGGAUUGCAAAACAACGAACGCCCCGAAUACAGGAGCAAUAUGCGAAAAUUGGAGGUGGAUCACCGAUUUUGUCGUGGACCGAAAAACAGGGAAGAGAAAUGGUAAAGUUGUUAGAUAGAUUGAGUCCUGAGUCCGCUCCACACAAAUCAUAUAUCGCUUUUAGAUACGCGCCUCCCCUAACGGAGACAACGAUAGUUGAAAUGCAAAAAGAUGGUAUUGAACGUGCUAUAGCAUUCACUCAGUACCCGCAAUACUCUUGCUCAACUACGGGAAGCAGUUUAAAUGAAUUGUGGCGAAAGAUUCUAGAAUUGGAUCCGAAGGGUACAAUCAAAUGGAGUAUUAUUGAUCGGUGGCCAACUCAUCCAGGAUUAAUCGAAGCAUUUGCACAUCGCAUCGAAGCAUCUCUCGAAAAAUACCCGAAAGAAACACGACACAAAACAGUAAUUCUCUUUUCGGCACAUUCUCUACCAAUGCUGGUAGUUAAUCGUGGGGAUACAUACACAUCCGAAGUAGCAGCGACGGUACAUGGCGUGAUGGAACGACUAAAGUUCUCUAAUCCGUAUCGACUGGUGUGGCAAUCAAAAGUUGGUCCGCGAGCUUGGAUGGGACCACGAACUAAUGAAGCGAUACUUGGACUCGGUAAACAAGGGCAUAAUGAUAUUUUGUUGGUGCCAAUUGCUUUUACGAGUGAUCAUAUUGAAACAUUGUAUGAAUUGGAUUUGGAAUAUGCAGAAGAAGCGGAAAAAGCGGGCAUCACUGGAUUAAGGCGAGCCGAAUCCUUGAACGAUGAUCCGAUAUUUAUUCAAGCAUUAGCGCAAAUAGUAAAAAAACAUUUAGAAUCAGGCAAACCAGUAUCCACUCAACUAUCAUUACGAUGUCCAAAGUGUACUAAUCAAACAUGUCAGAAAACUAGGGAUUUUUUCGCAAAUCAGCAAAUAUAA